GGACGUGGCAACCACUUAAUAAUUAUAUUCCAUUUGCCAGGGCUAUGAUUUGGUCUCAUAAAUAGACUUUAUUUUAAGUUCCUUAACAUGUAAUCGGGUUUCAUUCCAGGACAAGAUGGGUUGGCAACAGAUCAAUUGGCGACAGAAAGCUCAGGAGCUCUAUGCCAUCUCCGCAGAACCCUUUCAAGUUCUCGGAAUCACCAUCCUCAGUAUCUUACUUCCUCUUUCCUUUCUCCUUCUUGCCAGGCUCUCUUCUUACGGUUAUCUCUUGAGCAUCGCAUAUCCUACACAGCGAUCCUCUUCUUUUCUCUUCUCUUUGUUUCUUUGCAGCAGUCCUGUAAUUAUUUAUUUUCUUGUUUCCAUUUUUAGCAUAGCAACUCUUCUCCAUGGCUUGACUGGUAGAAUUACCCUUCUAAGCGAGUCACCAGGUGAACUUUACCGACCCCGUUUGUACACUGCAUGGAUUUUACUAUGUACGCUACAAGUAUGCGUUGGCUUAGGGAUAGAAGGUAGCAUAGCCACUGAAAUCGAUGGUUACAUUUUCGAUGUUGAGAGAAGUUUGUUAAGUAGGGUAAUAUUUUUCCUGGGUUUGCACGAGACUAUGCUUCAUUGGUGUAGAACCGUGGUUAAACCGGUGGUUGAUGACACAAUAUUUGGGGUGACUAGAGCAGAAAGGUGGUCUGAAAGGGUGGCUUUGGCCGUGAGCUUUGGUAUAUUGUGGUGGUGGAGGUUGAGGGAUGAGGUUGAAUCUCUGGUUAUUGUAACAGUGGCAAAGAAAGAGAUGUUAGUGGAUAUAGGCAUGGCUGAUUUGCUUGGUUGGUUGCUGUACUACCUCACAACAACAAUUGGUAUGGUAAGAAUUGUGAAAGGUGCAAUGUGGGUUACGAUGGUUUUGCUUUGUAGGAGAAGGAAUUCUCCCAACCCUUGUGGAAUUGAUGACAAGGUCUGAACGUCGACCCAUUCUCUGUAUCCACCAUUAAAAUAAUACUUAUAUAUGUAUAUGUAUAAUUUCACACUUACGAUGCCCAACAUUUUAUUCAUUUUUUUUUCAAUUGUAUUAUUACUUAAUUAAUUAUGAAUCAAUAAGCAUUACAAAGUCUUCUUCUGCAAGGCAAUAAAACCAUAUUUAUUUGGAUGAGA